UUGGUGAUUAACUUACCAAUCAAACACACAAAAGCCAAUAAUCUCAAAUUGUGAAAAUGUCUAAACUUAUCUUUCGGGAAUACAUUGGUGUGAACCAAUCUUCAACAAGUUUAACUGGUUUUCCAACUGAAAUCAUCAACACCAAAAACUUUGAAUUCCACUUCAUUUUGGGCUUUGCUAGUGAGGAGUAUGACAAAAAUGGAAAAGGCAAAGGAAUUUUCAAAGAAACUUGGGAUGUGGAUUACUUCGGUCCAGAGAAAGUGAAAAUUUUGAAGGAAAACAAUCCAAAUGUUAAGGUGGUAAUAAGCAUCGGAGGUCGUGAUGUUAAAACUCCAUUUGAUCCUGUUGAGGAAUAUUCUUGGGAUAGGAAGGCUGUAAAAUCACUCAAAGAGCUUAUCGGAAAAUACAAGAAUGAUAGCGGUAACAUGAUUGAUGGCAUUGACAUCAAUUAUGAAACUAUCAAAACUAAUAAUGACCUAUUCGUUAAGUGCAUAAGCCGAGUUAUAACACAACUCAAGAAUGAUCUUGGCCUAAAUAUUAACGUGGUAUCCAUUGCUCUAUCUGAGAAAAAUGAACCCUACUACCGCACUUUGUAUUAUGCUAACAAAGACAAUAUCAAUUGGGUUGACUAUCAAUUCUAUGAUCAAGAAAAACUUGUAUCUUCAGCUGAGGCCUUUAUAGAGAUAUAUAACAAUUUAAUAAAAGACUACGGUCCUGAUAAAGUCCUUCCCGGAAUUAGCACCGACCCAAUUGACACUAAGAAUGUUAAGAUUACACAACAUAAUUUCAUUGAUGGCUGCGUAAAACUAUUACACUCGUCAAAACUCCCCGGGGUUUUUCUCUGGAACGCUAAUGACUCUGCUAAUCCCUCUGAGGGUGAGAACGAACCUUAUGCCCUAGAGUAUACCUUGCAAGACGCCCUCACCAUAUGAGGCGAUAAGUAAUCAUUCAUAUUAUGGUUCUAGUAUCAUAGGCUAUAUAGAGCUAGUUCCUAGUUUCCAAGCUCUAUAUGCUUUAGUCGUUUAUAUAUGUGUUAAAUAAGACCUAUGAGUGCUGCUUCACUAUGCACUUAUUUCAUGUGUGUUUUCUUAUUAUGUUGUAAGUGUGGAGAAUGACUUCUCAUGCAUUAAUAUAUGUGCUUGUAAUAUGGUUUAAU